AUGCCCAACUGCCGUUCGCACUCUCAGCGAUCGGAGGCCUCGAUGCAGGUCCAACUCUCGCAGGUUCAUCUCGCUCAUCUCGCCGAUCUCGCUCUCGCGGAUCCGAAUCUCUGUAGCGCCGAUCCCUGCGAUCUCCUCAUCGGAGUCGACCUCUAUGGUGAGAUCUUUCGCGACGGUAUUCGAAGAGGUGCUAGCGGGCAACCCUUCGCUCAGAACACGAUUUUUGGGUGGGUGGUGUCUGGCCCUACACCUGUUCAGCGUCCGAAUAGUCAAACACUCACGACACAGCAGUGUUCCAAUUCCGCGUCGCUCUCUCUAGACAAAGAACUGAGAAGAUUCUGGGAAAUAGAAGAAAUUCCGCGUCGAGUCGUUCUCAGUCCCGAGGAACAGCGAUGCGAGGACCAUUUCGUGGCGACUCAUUCGCGCGACGUGGACGGACGAUAUAUCGUCCGCCUUCCGUUUCGUCAUGGUCCUCCCAUCGACAUCGGGAGCUCUCGCGACGUGGCUGAGCGCUGUCUCAAACGACUGAUUCGGCGAUUCAAGACGAACAUCGAGCUCGAAACGGAGUAUUCGAAGUUCAUGUCCGAAUACGAGGCGCUCGGACACAUGCGCCGAGCUCCGUCUACCCCAGAAUCUUCUCAGACAGUCUACAUUCCGCACCACCCGGUUAUUCGCGAAGGCAGCACAACGACCCACCUAAGAGUCGUGUUCAACGCGUCCAGCCUUACCACGAAUGCGAGAUCGCUCAACGAUCUUUUGCUGGCCGGACCGAAAUUGCAGACGGACUUGGCCGCGGUUAUCCUUCGCUGGCGUCAAUUCCGGUACGUGUACUCAGCGGACGUCGCAAAAAUGUACCGUCAAAUUAGCGUCGACCCGCGUGACAUUGAUUACCAGCGUGUUCUCUGGGUUGACCGCGACACAGAGAGUAUUCAAGAGUAUCAACUCUUGACGGUGACGUAUGGAACCGCCUCGGCUCCCUUCUUGGCGUUGCGCGUGCUUCGCCAGCUUGUUCAUGAUGACGGUCAUGCUUUUCCGUUAGCCAUCUCCGUGCUAACGGAGAACAUAUACGUCGACGACGUUCUCUUCGGAGCCGACGACAUUCCCUCGCUCCGUCGGAUCCGAGAGCAAGUAUGCUCGCUUCUCGAGCGUGGCCGACUUGCUUUACGCAAGUGGUCGAGUAACUCCGUCGCUCUCCUCAGCGACAUCGAUGAGACGGAUCACGGUCUCGCAUGCAGCCGAGAUCUGCAACCGGACGAGCACCUAAAGGUUCUUGGAAUCUGUUGGAUUCCGUCUGCGGACGUCUUUCAAUUCCGAGUCUCUUGUCCCUCGCUGAUCGCUAUCACAAAACGAUCGAUUCUCUCGACAAUCGCCAAGGUGUUCGAUCCAUUAGGGUGGAGCACCCCGGUUACCAUUUCAGCUAAAAUCUUUCUGCAACGUCUAUGGCAAUUACACGUUGAGUGGGAUGAGCCACUCUCGUCGGACUUAGUGGAUCAGUGGGAGACCAUUCGAUCUUCGUUGCUAGAGCUCGACGGCCUUCAGUUAAGUCGGUGGACUCGACGCGGCUCCGCCACGCCGGCGUGCGAGUUGCACGGGUUCUCCGACGCGUCUAAUUACGCGUACGCCGCGGUCAUUUACCUGCGACUCGCGUCGGUGGACGGUGAGGUCUCGUCAGCGAUGCUCGUCGCGAAGGCACGGGUCGCCCCGAUUAAAUCGUUGAGUGUCCCUCGCCUAGAGCUUGCGGCAGCCGUUCUGCUUGCCCGUCUCAUGGAGUUCGUCAUCGAAUCGCUUCAACUCUCGCAUGUGCCGUGUCACUGUUGGACGGAUUCCACGGUCGUACUCGCGUGGGUGUCGCAACACCCGUCUAAGUGGAAAACGUUCGUUUCCAACCGCGUUUCCGAGAUCCAAACUCGACUUCCGUCUGCGACGUGGCGUCACAUCUCUACAAUCGACAAUCCGGCCGAUUGUGCAUCGCGAGGGAUCUCGGGGCGGCAGCUCGCGUCUCACCCUUGUGGUGGCACGGUCCGCCCUGGUUAA